AUGGCCGACUUCACCAGCAUCGCUCAACAGUUCGUUGACUUCUACUACAACACCUUCGACAGCAACCGCGGCGGUCUGACCGGUCUCUAUCGCGAUGAGUCGAUGCUCACCUUCGAGACUAGCUCUGUCCAGGGUGCCGUCGCUAUCACCGAGAAGCUGACUGGCUUGCCCUUCCAGCAGGUGCGCCACCAGCUGGCUACUCUCGACGCCCAGCCCUCGGGAGAGAACAUCAUCGUCCUGGUUACUGGCGCUCUCCUGGUCGAUGAGGAGCAGAAGCCCAUGAACUAUACCCAGCUCUUCACGCUGAAGCCCGACGGUGCCGGCAGCUUCUUCGUGCUCAACGACGUCUUCCGCCUUAUCUACGCUGCUUCUUAA